UCGGAUAAAGCUCAGUGGAAUGUUCCAUGGUCUGAGGCAUUGUUUUUACCUGAUUUUCCAGUGAGGGGGGAUGCAGAGGAACAGGAUUAUGUGGUGAUAGAGAUGUUGGCGAAAGGAGCGUAUGGAAAUGUACAGAAAGUUCAAAAAGAAGAUGAUAAACGAUUCUAUGCCAUGAAAAUUCUGGAUAAAAAACAGAUAAUAGAAGAGAAUGCUAUUCAACAGUGUAAAGACGAAGCCGCAAUUCAGUCAAUGCUUGGGGAUCAUCCUUUUAUUGUGAAAAUCUACGAAUAUUGGCAAUCAAAAGAACAUCUAUAUAUUGUAUUAGAUUAUGUACCUCAUGGUGAUUUGUUCUCAUUAUGGACGUUUCAUUCCUUAUUUCCAGAACGUUUAGUUCGUAUUUAUAUUGCUCAAAUGGCCAUCGUAUUAGAUUUUUUACACAAUUCAGGCGUUAUUUAUCGAGAUGUAAAAAUGGAGAAUAUUCUCUUUGACCCAACAGGGAAUGUUCAACUUAUCGAUUUCGGUCUUGCGAAAUGGCUGCAGAAAACAGAGAGAACGAAAACGGUGUGUGGAACCUUACAGUAUAUGGCACCAGAAAUCCUGGCAACUUGGCAGUAUGAUCAUGCUGUAGAUUGGUGGUCUCUAGGUAUUCUCAUGUACACCAUGUUAUGUGGAAAGGUAAUGCUAGACUAG